AUGUCGUCACUAGUUAUUGGCCUGGAAAUCAAUGAUAGUCAUAUAACAUCAGCUCUUGUACGUAUUGAACAAUUGCCACAUGACAAAUUUUCUAUUGAAAGAGAUACGUAUUUUACACGUACAUUUGAAAUAAAUACAGACAGUGAUCCCAGAAAUAUUAUCUCUAAUUGGAUUCAGUCUAUUAAUGAUGUUCUUCUUGAUUUUGUUUAUAAUUAUAAUGAAAACGAUGCUAUUAUUGGUAUUUCUAUUGGUAUGCCUGGUCCUAUGGAUUAUGAAUCAGGUACAUGUUGUAUUCAAUCACCAAAAUUUAACAAAUUUUUUGGUCUUAACAUACGUUUAUCACUUGCGCAAGGUCUUAAAGAUCUUAUUGCUCGUUGGAAACAUGAUUAUUAUGAUAAACGUUCUGCAGAAUCGUCAAUAUCACCGCCGAAAGAAUUAACUAUUUUUGAUAAAUUACGACAAAAAGCACCAAGACGAAUGACAAUCACACCACCAACAACGCCACGUAUUCCAAUUACCUUUAAUGUACCACCAACAACACUUGAACAGAUUGACGAAGAAGAGUUUUUUAAGAAAAAAACUAUAGAUUAUUGUGGUCAAUUGGAUGAGGAAAAUAAUAUAAAUGAGGAAAUUGAACCAAGUUCAUUAAUAUGUCGAUCACGCCGUGAAACAUAUUUUCAUGACAUUGAGAUAACUUCACCACGAAAACCUCUGACAGCCAACGAUUUUAGUCCGAGAUUAUGGACAGUUAUUGAACAAUUAGCUCACAUACCAAUUUCAUUCUAUAAUAAUACAGUAUGUUUCGCUUUAGGAGAAGCAAAUAAUGAUUUUCAUCAAGGUUAUGAACGUAUUCUUGCUUUAAUACUCAGUACUAGUUUUGAUUCAGCAUUUAUUGAUCGAGGAGAAACUAUUACAAAUCGAGAAGAUGUUCCAUUGGAUGGUAUGCUAUCGAAUUGUCCUUAUGAUCAACAUUCAACAGCUGAUGAUUGGUUUUCUACUCGUGGUUUAAUUAAUAUUCAUAAAAAACUUCUUCGAAAUGAACUUCCUGAUGAUAAUUCCGGUACAAGCAGUAUGACAUUAUCAACAGAUGAACGACAACAAAAUGAUGAUAAUUUAUUAAUUACUGAACAUCUUCUUGUUCGACAAGCAAUAAAGGGUGAUUUAAAUGCAAUAAAAACAUUGCAAACAUUUGUUCGUCUACUAGGACAAUUUCUUGUACCAUAUAUCAUUAAAUUUCGUACUCAACUUAUUGUUAUUGGUGGUAAUCUUGCAGAAGUUUGGUACUUACUUGAAGAUGAACUUAAUUUUACUAUUAAACAAUUUUCUGAAGCUCAUAUUUAUUUUAGUCUUUCACAAGGUAAAUCAGUAUGUCUUGGUGCUGUUCAACGGCAAUCUUUAGAAACACCUAAAACUUCUUUUCGACAAACUCAUCAAUAUCUAUUACCUGUUGUAAAAACUAUUGAUACAUCUCAAUAUGAUAUAUAUCCAUCUCAUAGAAUUCCUCAUGGUUAUAUUGGUAUUGGACAUCUAACAUUAAAUGAAAAAUUAUGUAAUUUAAUUGAUAAAUAUAAUAUUUUAUUAAUUGAUGGUUUUGUUGGUACAUGUUUUAAUGAAUAUGCACAUCAAUUAAAUAAAUUUUAUUCGGAUAAUAGAAAAAAAGAAAAAAAUUUAUCAUCAUUACUUUUUUAUGAUAGUCGAACAUUUUUACAAACAAAUUCAAAUAUUCAACGAGAAUCAUAUCUUAAAGAUCCAAAAUCUUUAUUUGGUAAAGUUGGAUCUGAUUUAGACUUUAAAAAAGAUUUUAUUGAUUUAAAAAAAUUUCAAUUUUUCAAAGAUAAUCUUUCAUAUCCAUGUGUUAUUAUUGGACCUGGUUCUUCAUACGUUAAUAAAACAUCACCAUUAAUUUAUAUUGAUUUACCUAAGAAUGAACUUUAUUAUCGUAUUGCAACACAAACAUCAUUUUCCUAUUUAAAACCAACACGAAGAUUAUUAUCUGAUAAUAAUGCAUUAACACCAGCUAUGUAUGAACAGAAAUGUCUUUACUUUCUUGAUUAUCCAGUUUUUAAUAAACUUAAACAAGAACUUUUAUCUCGUAUAAAUUAUUUUAUUGAUGGUCAACGACCAAAUUGUCCAACAUGGAUAGCUGGUGAUACAUUUCGUCAAGCACUUGCUCAUAUAGCUAAUGGACCAGUUCGUGUACGACCUUGGUUUGAACCAGGUUCAUGGGGUGGUCAAUGGUUAAAAACAGUUUGUACAAAUAUUUCAAAACAUACAAAAAAUUAUGCAUGGUCAUUUGAAAUGAUAACACCAGAAAAUGGUGUGAUUAUAUCAGAUGUAAAUAAUCGUCUUGUUGAGCUUUCCUGGGAUAUUUUUUACGGUUCACAAGCUGAUAAAAUAUUAGGAAACAAAAUUCAUCGUGAAAUUUUUAGUGGUACAAAUGAUUUUCCAAUACGAUUUGAUUUUCUUGAUACUAUGGAUGGUGGAAACUUAUCUAUACAAUGCAAUCCUAGUCUUCAAUAUAUGCGUGAAAAUUUUGGAGAAAAAAUUACACAAGAUGAAGCAUAUUAUAUAAUCGAAACAAAACAACAUUGGCAAAAAGAAGUUAAAAAUGAUAUAACAUGUUCAUCAUAUAUUUAUCUUGGUUUUCAUGAAAAUGUUGAUCAAGAAGAAUUUCAUCAAGCAUUAGUUAUAAGUAAUAAAGACAAAAAAAAUUUAGAUGUUGAAAAAUAUGUACAAUGUAUUCCAACAAACGUUCAUGAUUUCUUUUUAAUACCAAAUGAAACUAUUCAUGCAUGUGGUCGUAAUCAAGUUGUACUUGAAAUUUCAGCUACACCUUAUAUUUAUACAUUUAAAUUAUAUGAUUGGUUAAGAUUAGGUCUUGAUGGUCGGCCACGUCUUUUAAAUAUUGAACACGGUAUAAAAAAUUUAAAAUUUGAUCGUCAUGGUGAACAACUUCGUUGUCAACCAAUAUCUCUUGCAAAUGAACAAGAUAAAUAUGAAGAACAACAUUUGCCAACACAUAAUUUACAUUUUUAUGAUGUCAAACGUCUUAUUAUUGAACCAAAUGAAAAUAUUGAAAUAAUACGAUCAACUGAAAAUCGUUUUCAUUUAUGUAUGUUAGUGCAAGGUGAUGCUAUUGAAAUAGAAUAUAAUUCACUUGAUAAUAAUCAACAUAAACAAAUACGACAAUAUAAUUAUAUAGAAACAUUUUUAAUUCCAGCAUCAAUUAAUGAAUAUCGUCUAAGACCAAUUAUUAAAAAUAAGCAUAAUGAAAAGAAAUUACAUAAAUUUAUUUUACUUACAGCUUUUCUUAAAUGGGAUUGUGAAAAAAUUUUGAAAUAA